AUGGAGCUGACGAGGCCACGUGCGGGGCAACGCUUCUGGGUGUUGUUCGACCGCACGGAGGGCCUGUGGCACGAGCGUUUGUGCCUGCACGAGUACGGGACGGGCGUGAUCGUCGCCACCCCUGACGGGGACGUCUACGCUGAGGAGUUUACGGACUACGAGGACCUGGCCGUCUCUGGGUCCCAGGGCGGCGUGCCCCGCCGGCUGUACCCGAGGCGGCGCUACCACUUCGACCCAGGGGACCUGGAGGAGGACAGCCAGCUGCGCGUGGAUGCCGCUCGUCAGCUGGCCAGGCUGCUUGAGAGCGGCGAGUACCCAGCAGCGCCGAUCCCGCUCCUUGAUGCGGGGGACGGCGCUGCGCUGGCGACAGGCGGAGGAUCUGCUCCGCUGGACGUGGUGGGCGGCACUCCCAUGCCGCGUAGCCCUAUGCCUAAGGAGCUCGACGAUGCACCCCGCGGGACGACCUGGUACCUGCUCACCGACGCGUUCGGCCAGCGGAUGCACGAGCAGGUGACGGUCGGGUUGAACGAUCGGACGUUGCCGGCACAGUACAACCCGCGCGGGGAGAGGACACGUUCGUUCCAGAGCGCGCGGGGUGCCUUCACGGAGGAGACCUUCGAUGACUUUCCUGUCCGCGGCCCGCGGACGAUAGGCUGGCUCAUGGAGGCGUUCCACAAGGGUGGCCAGAGCCCGGUGGCGCGCCACCACUGGUGGCGGCAGAUGCUGGGGGCAACGACGGCUGACCCUGGGAUUGACGACCACCUCUUCCUCUCGGAGCUUUUCGAGCUCGGCGGACAGUGCGACCACCUGAAUCUGCCGAACAGCGCCGCCUUCGAGGCGAUCUCCCGUCGCUGUCAGCUGUGGGAGGAGCGCUACGCCGAGAAGCUGAAGCAGGUGACUGAGGGACCCGGAGCUGCCGCUGGAGCGGCCGCUGAGAGGUACCCCUUCCUCGGGGUCACGUCGGGCAGCACAGCCCUGGUCUCGCCCAGCCUGGCCGAGUACGUGGCAGAGAAGAUGGAGCAGGAGUGCAAGAUCUUGAAGGAGCGCCGCAAGGGUCGCGAGGAGCGCAACCUGGCCGCGCUGGCGUCUUCGGGCUCCGGCAGCGGCGGCGGCGGCGGCGGUGGCUCAGGAGGUGCUGCCGCCUUCGAGGGUCAGGGCAAAAAGAAGGGGCCGCCCAAGAAGCAGAAGGUGACCUCUGUGGGCGCGUCGCUACACGGGUUCGGUGUCACGGCGUGCCAGUUCGAGUCUACCAGCGUUGGCAAGGUUGGCCGUGUCAGUGAACGCUGUCGAUUCCGAGGAGAGCUUCGCAAGUGUGCUAGGCCGCGCGACGUCUUGGAAGACAUUGAGGCGCCCUUCUCUUUCCUCGCCCGUGGGUCUGAUCACGACUUCUUGGAGACUGGAGCCCAGACGGAGUUCCCCGAAGUUCCCGAGUGGUUUGCCAAGGACUCCCCCUGGUGCGUCAUUGCGGCAAGGAGGUGGAGGAGGAAGGAGAAGAUCCUGAACCUGGAGGUGGAGGCGGCCCUGUGGGCUGCUCGGCGUAUCAGUCGUGACAGGUGCGACCCUGCCAGCGAGCACCAUGCUAAGUACUUCUAUGUCAGUAACCCUGGUGGCUCGGAUCGUCUGGCGAGCCGCGGCGGGCCCGCUCCUCUUUCUGGGGCCGUGGAGGCGGUCAUCGGCGAUGGAGUUCCGCACCCUGCGGGCCUCCGACGCCUCGCGGCUGCGGUCCCGUUCGCCUACGGCCUGCCGGGGCUCUGGGAAGCUGCGCACGGCGAUGAGGCUGGACACGGCGCAGCUUCCGACGACGUCGGUUGCGACACUUGCUCGAGUGUCUGCCCGCCUCGCGGCCGCUCCCACCGCCAGCCCGCCCGUGGCUCACCGCCACCUGGGGCCAGGGCCGGCGGGGAGCGCCGCGGCGCGCCCUGCGCGCCGGGUGGGCAACGCUCAGAGACAGCAGGUGCGGCGGGGGAUGCGCCAGUCGCCCUCGACCCUGAUCGGAAGCGCGGGGCGGGCAGCCACUCGGCUGGCGGAGCUCGGCUUCCGAGCGUCGGCACUGGGAGCGGCGUCGGUGACCCCAGCGACACAGGACAAGUACCUGACGCACCUGAGAUGCUGCUGAGACGGCUGAUGCUGAGGAGGGCGCCCACGCUCGACAAGGACGAGUGGGAUGUGCUCCUGACGAGCUACAUCGAGCACCUGUACGACUCGGGGGCGACCGAGAACGCCGGCGGGACGACGCUGGCGGCUGUGCGGUGGGCAGAGCCCGCCAUCCCCCGCCCGCUGCGCCGAGGCCUCCCCCUGGCCUCUGCAGCGCUGGCAGGGUGGCGGCGGGCCGAGCCGGGCCGGGCGAGGCCGCCGAUGCCGCGGGAGCUGGCCAUCGCGAUCGCCCUCGACCUGUGCGACUGCGGCUUGCCGAGCCCGGGGUUCUUCGCCAUGCUGGUCUUCGAGACGUGCAUGCGCCCCAGCGAGGCCCUGGCUCUCCAGCGCUUCCAGCUCGUCCCACCGGCGGGAGACGGGAUGCCGGGGACAAAAGGGCGUUGGGCCGUGCUCAUCCGUGCCCUGGAGCUCGGCAGGCCUGGCAAGACAGACGACUUCGACGGCAGCGUGAGUCUCGAUCUGCCACGACACCAGGUGCUGGUGCCAGGGCUGGAGGAGAUCUUCAGCCGUCGCGGGGAGCGCGACCCAGUGUUUCUCUUCGACUACGUGACGCUGCUCAGGCGCGACGCCAGAAUCGGCCACUGCAAAGUCUUCCUCGACAUCUUCGCGGGCACUGGUCCUGUCGGCAGGUUUCUGAGAGAGCGCGGUCACGGAGUCAUCUUUUUUGAGAAGAAGCUGGGCCCCAUCAGGCGGACGCAGGUCUUUGCUACGGUCAUGGGGUGGCUCCGCGCGGGCAGAGUGCGGGGCUUUUGGGUGGCAGCGCCUUGCGUCACCGCGACGCGAGCUCGCCAGAACGGUGCUGCAGGUAUGCCGCCUCCUCUCCGAUCUAACGAGCAUCUUCGUGGGCUGCUGGGACUUGGCGAGCGCCUCAAAUAA